AUGCAGAAGCUGCGGGGGUUGGCUGACCCGGAGCGAUGGCGUCCGUUCAUGACACGCCGCUAUUGCACCCUCUACGCGGGCGUGCUCACCCUGCUUGUCAGCGGCACCCUCUACGGCCUCUCGGCCUACACCCCCGCCCUCAAAGACCAGCUGCAUUUUAGUCAGGGCGAGAUCACGCUUAUCGCCACGUUCGGCAACAUCGGGCUAUAUGUUGGGUUUCUGAUGGGCAAGCUCUACGACACGCUGGGCGUCAAGUGGACCUGCGCGGUGGCGGGCACCAUGGUCUGCGGCGGCUACUUCUGUGCUUGGAUCGUGGUGGCCGGCCACAUCGACGCCGGGUACUGGUGGCUCAUGGCCAUCUUCUACCUCAUCAUCGGCCAAGGCAACUGGGGGUUAUAUCUGGCCACGUUGACCGUCAACAUGCGCAACUUCGACAAGGAGGACCGAGGCAAGGUAGCCGGUCUGCUGGCGGCGGCGUUCGGCCUGUCGAGCGGCAUGUUCACGCUGAUCUAUGCGGUCUUCUUCUCCGAGACCGACAACGUCGCCGGCUACAUUCUGUUCACCGCCAUCGUUGUGGCCCUGGCGGUCAUCGUCGCCGUGCUCGUCAUGCGCCCCGAGGUGCCAGUGGCACCACCGGCGGCCGAUCCGGAGAAGGUCGCGGAGGAAGAGGAGAAGAUCUCCAUCAUCCAAUCGCGCGACGAGGAAGUACCCGGCCUCGGCGCCAAGACCGAGCAACCCGGCACGCUGGCCACCCUCGACUUCUACCUCGUCUUCGUCCCCUUCAUCUUCGCCGCCGGGGCGGGCCUUCUGGUGAUCAACAACCUGGGCGAGGUCGUGCGGUCGCUCGACGGCGGCAGCCUGGAGAAGAAUCUCUACGUGGCCGGGCUCUCGGUGUUGGGCUGCAUCGGUCGUUUCACCGUCGGCUCCCUCUCCGAUCGCUUGGUGAAGAAGGGCGUGACGCGAGCCUAUUGGCUGGUGCUGUGCCUCAUAAUGUUCGCCAUCUCGCACCUCGCCUUCUGGAUCUUCACCGAACGGUGGAUGAUCCCCUUCGUCGCCCUCAUCACCGGCCUCGCCUACGGAGGCUUCUUUGCGGUGGUGCCCAUUUUGAUCAGCCUCUACUUCGGUUUCACGCACUUUGGCAAGAACAACUCUUGCGCCGCUCUCGCGCCCGCCAUCGGCUCCUUCGGCUUCAACAACCUGGCGUCGAUGUUCUACGACCGCAACAAGGAGGGCGACGCGGAGCACUGCUUCGGAGGCGACUGCUGGUCGACGAUCUUCAUGGUGACCGGCUUCCUCUGCGUCGUCGGCGCCGGCAUCACCUUCUUCCUCGCCUGGCGACGGAAACAUUUCCUCCAAUAA